CCACUCCCGUGGUUCCUAAGAGGCCACAGCACAGAUGGUGGCUCCUGCUUGGUUUUCCUGUCCUGACAUCUCCAGCUCCUGCUGCCGGAAAUGGAGAAGGUACUUUCACUGAUUUAUCAACCAGUCUGAGGUCAUCCGAGGUCAGUGGAGGUCACCAAGACUCACAGGUCAAACAACUGGAGCCUAAUGAGGUCAGAAUCCUACUGCCCGGGGCUCAUCAUGAGGUCAACGGGAGAGCGACGCUGGACUGGGGACACAGUACUGCCGGUGAUGCUCCCGGGCAUCAGCUCACACUUGCUGACAGUGUGUUCUCGUGUUCGGCCACAGCCCACUUCCGAGAUGGAUAUCGUCAGAAGCUUGCACCGGGCCCCUCUUCGUCCUUCCUGUUUCCUAGAGACUAUACCUAUGUUGAGUGUGAGCAGCCCUGGGGUCCACACCUAUUGCAACUGCCAUGCUGUCAGACCAGUGCCCCUGUGUCUACCUGCCUCUGCUGCCGUGCGUGUCAGGAGUCACUUCCUUUUAAAGGCUGAGCACUGUUCCGCCACGUGGGCAAUCCACGUUCUGUCACAGUUAGCCCAUCCGUGGAUGCUCAGUAGCUUCACCUGUGGCUAUCGUGGCAUUUGCCACUGUCUCUUGGCACCUGUGGUAGGCAUAGCGGUGUACGCAGACACACACAGCUGGGCAGGGUCACUGGUUAUGGCAAGAAGCAGGUGCAGUGAACUGACUCCUGGCUCUGGGGCCACCCACGCAUUGGGCCGCCUCUCUCUCAGCCCCAGGACGGAGCCCUGGCAGGUGGACUCGGUUGAAAAGGUGUUGGGCAUGGCUGUGAGUAUUGCCCUUGCUGCACCUAGACCAAAGGUGGUCAGUGGAGCUGAUAGACCGUUCAGGCCAGAUGGGGGGCACACAGCCAGCACGCUGUGAGUUCAAAGCCAGCCUGGUCUACACUGUGAUUUCCAGGUCAGCCAGGGCUAUGUAAUGAGAUCCUGUCUCAGAAAAAGAAAGAAGUGUGCAGCAGUUU